UACGAUUAUCUUUUCAAACUUCUCCUCAUCGGUGACUCCGGUGUUGGAAAAUCCUGUCUGUUGCUUCGUUUUGCAGAUGAUACCUACACGGAAAGCUACAUCUCGACAAUCGGUGUUGACUUCAAAAUCCGCACAAUCGAACUCGAUGGCAAGACCGUGAAACUUCAGAUUUGGGACACUGCCGGCCAGGAACGAUUCCGUACCAUUACAUCUUCUUACUACCGAGGUGCUCAUGGAAUUUGCGUGGUGUACGAUGUCACCGACAUGGAUUCUUUCAACAACGUGAAGCAGUGGCUUCAGGAAAUUGACCGGUACGCUACUGAGGGUGUUAACAAGCUGCUCGUUGGCAACAAGAGCGAUAUGGAGGACAAGAAGGUCGUGGAAUACACCGUUGCCAAGGAGUUUGCUGACAGCCUCGGGAUUCCUUUCCUUGAGACUUCAGCCAAAAAUGCAUCCAAUGUCGAGCAGGCAUUCUUGACAAUGGCACGACAAAUCAAGGAACGCAUGGGAACGGCCACAGUCAACAACAAGCCGACCGUGCAGGUUGGCCAGGGCCAGGGUGUCCAGUCUGGAUCAGCAGGAGGCUGCUGCUAA